AAAUCUCCUCCCCCUUUGCUCCCACGACACCGAAAAACCUUAGCCGCCGUGAAAACACCGUCCGACGACGGCUCUGAACUCGAUGCCGAGACGUUACCGGCCUCCGCAACAAUCACGGCCUUUGUACAAGCAACGUUCGUGGUCUCCUGACGUGGAGCGAGACGAAGCGUGGCUGAGGAGGAAGGAAAGCCACGGCAGCAGCCUCCGCCGAUCUCAGAGCUUCUCGAACGACGAUUUGGAGGAGCUCAAAGGCUGUAUCGAGUUAGGUUUCGGUUUCGAAACGGACUCGCCUGAACUGGAUCCGAAGCUAUCGGAUACUCUACCCGCUUUGCUGUUUUACUGUGCCGUUAAUCGUCAAUAUAGCUGUAGAUUGCCGCCGACUUCGUCCUCAUCUCCGACAGGUUAUUGCUGCGAAUCUGGCAACACUAGCAACAUAAUUGAUCAAUGCGACGAUCCUGAGACGGUUAAGACUAGGUUGCGACAAUGGGCGCGGUUGGUGGCUUGUUCGGUACAGCAAAUUUCAGGGAGUCCGAACUUAUAA